UGGCGCUGAGCGACAGGCGUUUGAAUCAACCACUGAAGUACUGGAGUGGAGUAGAGGCAGAAGCGGACAGAACUCCGAAUCAAUUUUCGAGGGAGGAAGAGCUAUCCUUUUUUUUACUUGUCUACACAAUUAUUUGGUCUGGCCAGGCAGAUGAGCACCGGUACGCGGGUCCCUUCAUUCAUGGGUAGAUGUGCGAACAAGCCGGCUAAACUGUGAGCUCAUGAGAUAGCCAGUGGCAGUGGGUUCCGUUGUCACAGUCCCCAGCGCGAGCGAACAGCUGAACACAUUCGGUGAACGAGUACUACCAUCUACGUACCCCUGAGGCUGAGUCGGAGAUCAGGGUGUCGGCGAACGUUUGGAUACCACAGAGAGAGAGGCCUGCUUUUCCAGAAACUAAAUCCAUAGCGGAAUAGUCGAAGCCGAUCUUCAGCGGUGCAAGGACGAAUUGACCGGUGUCCAGUAAGCGGAGCUCGCCUCCUCUAAGCAAUACACGUAACGUUCAGAGCCGUGCUGAGCAGUCGGCAGAUUGAGGAGGAAGAAUGGAGGGCCCGGGCAUAGAAAAGACACUGGCUAUCCUGAAGCCCGACGUUAUCACGAUGACCAGCAACAUGAGGGAGUUGAUCUGCCAAAACGGUUUUCGUAUUCUUCGGCAACGACGACUGCACCUAACUGCCGAGCAGUGCGCAGAGUUCUACCAGGAGCACUCGGGAAAGUCGUUCUUCCCACGCCUCUGCGCGUACAUGAGCAGUGGUCCUGUAGAGGUGCUGGUCUUGGGUCGACUAAAUUCAGUGGAAAUCUGGAGACUGCUGAUGGGCCCUGCGAAGCCGUCCGUUGCCGUUUCCGAAGCGCCUGGAACGCUACGUGCCCGGUUUGGUCAAGACGACGUUGUCAACUCUUUCCAUGGUAGUGAGAGCGUGUCCAGUGCUGAGCGUGAAAUUCACUUCUUCUUCUCCGAUGAACCUCUGGAACCAUUGACGGGGCAAGAAGCUAAGGAGUACCUCGCUAAAUACGUCAACCCAGUACUGACUGAAGGACUGGCUGAGCUGGUCAGAGCCAAACCCAGAGAUCCAAUUUCAUUCCUCGCGCAGUAUCUUGACGAGCACAACCCGUCGUUGCCAAGCAUCGAAGUUCCCGGCUUCGGUCAGUCCAAGGACCUCGACCUCGUCGACGGCUACGAUGAGUAUGAGGACGACGAAAGCAGAUCGGCUCGAGCUGGCAUGGUGGAGGACGCCGAGGAGGGAGUGAGCGUUUGGAAUUGAGUCUUUGCCUCUUUCUUUCUCUCUUUCUCUAUCUAUCUCUUUUUCUCCUCUUUUUCUCUAUCUAUCCCUCUAUUCUUUCCUUCUCUCUCUUUCUUUCCUUCUUUCUCUCUCUCUCUCUCUCUCUCUCUCUCUCUCUCUCUCUCUCUCUCUCUCUCUCUCUCUCUCUCUCUCUCUCUCUCUCUCUCUGUCUGUCUGUCUGUCUGUCUCUGUCUCUCUCUCUCUCUGUCUCUCUCUCUCUCUCUCUCUCUCUCUCUCUCUCUCUCUCUCUCUCUCUCUUUCUCCAUCUAUCUCUUUCUCUCCUCUUUUUCUCUAUCUAUCCCUCUUUUCUUUCUUUCUCUCUCUUUCUUUCCUUCUCUCUCUCUCUCUCUCUCUCUCUCUCUCUCUCUCUCUCUCUCUCUCUCUCUCUCUCUCGCUCUCUCUCUCUCUCUCUCUCUCUGUGUGUGUGUGUGUCUCUCUCUCUCUGUGUCUCUCUCUCUGUCUCUCUGUCUCUCUCUCUGUCUCUCUCUCUCUCUCUCUCUCUCUCUCUCUCUCUCUCUCUCUCUCUUUUUCUCUCUCUCUCUCUCUUUCUCUCCGGUGCGUCGGUCAAAGCAAU